AUGAAAGUAAGUCAAGCAUUGAACCUCAGAAGGAGAUUGAACCCCAAUCUAAAGGAAGUAGUGAAGAAAGAGAUACUCAAGUUGCUUGAUGCUGGGAUAAUCUAUCCCAUCAGUGAUAGCACUUGGAUAUCUCCAGUUCAUUGCGUCCCAAAGAAAGGGGGGAUCACUGUCAUUAAAAACGACAAAGAGGAGCUGAUUCCCACUAGAACAAUAGUGGGGCAUCGCAUGUGUAUUGACUAUAGGAAGUUAAAUUCAGCAUCUAGAAAGGAUCAUUUCCCUCUCCCUUUCAUUGAUCAGAUGUUAGAAAGAUUGGCAAACCACCCUUUUUAUUGUUUUCUUGAUGGCUACAGUGGUUUCUUCCAAAUCCCGAUCCACCCUAAUGAUCAGGAGAAGACCACUUUCACAUGCCCUUAUGGCACCUUUGCUUAUCGAAGGAUGCCAUUUGGGCUGUGCAAUGCUCCAGCUACUUUCCAGAGAGGUGUGAGGAGACCAAAUCUAGUACUCAACUGGGAGAAGUGCCACUUCAUGGUUCGAGAAGGGAUUGUGCUUGGACACAAGAUUUCCGAGAAAGGGAUCGAGCUCGAUCGAGCUAAGGUGGAUGUCAUGUUGCAGCUCCCUGUUCCCAAGACUGUGAAGGACAUAAGGAGUUUUCUGGGUCAUGCAGGGUUCUACAGAAGAUUCAUCAAGGAUUUCUCAAAGAUAGCAAGACCCUUGACAAGACUUCUGUGCAAGGAGACAGAUUUUGAGUUUGAUGAAGAAUGCCACAAGUCUUGGACCUUGCUGAAGGAUGCUCUGGUAUCUGCCCCAAUAGUUCAAGCUCCAAACUGGGAUCACCCAUUUGAGAUUAUGUGUGAUGCAUCUGACUAUGCAGUAGGAGCAGUGCUUGGCCAAAAGAUAGACAAGAAACUCAAUGUCAUCUACUAUGCAAGCAAGACUAUGGAUGAUGCUCAAUGCAAGUAUGCAACCACAGAGAAGGAGCUCCUUGCCAUAGUCUUUGCCUUUGAGAAGUUUCGAAGCUAUAUAGUUGGGUCCAAGGUGAUUGUGCACACUGACCAUGCUGCCCUUAGGCACAUCUUUGCUAAGAAAGAUACAAAGCCAAGACUUCUCAGAUGGAUCCUUUUGCUUCAAGAGUUUGACAUAGAAGUUGUGGACAAAAAGGGAGUAGAAUGGAGUUGCUGA